UUUCUUCCCUAUGAAUAACAGUCUCUCAUUUUUUUCUCUUCCCUCUAUGUUUCCUUCUUUCAUAGCAUGAAGUUGCCAGAGAAACUCUGCAAUCGCUUGCAUUGACUUGUCCACCAUUGAUUUCUUUUGCUCCAUAAUUCAUAAGAUUUAGUAUUAGGUAAGGAGAUCUUCUGGUAUCUACCUUCUUGGCUUUGCUUCUGUCUCAUUUUUCCCUAAUUUUAACCAACAUCUUCAGUAUCAGCCCAGCUACAAGAAGGAAUUAAUUAGCUUACAUAUGGAGCUUCUGGAGCCUAUCUUUGAAAUGAUAAAGUGCAUAGGGGUUCCAACCUGCAGAUACUUGAACAAUCACCUAAAGCUUGAAGAAAAUGUGAAUGAACUUAGAAGAAGAUUGGAUGAUCUAAAUGUUAGGAAGCAAGAUAUAGAAUCGAGACAGGAAGCAGAGGUUCGUUGCAGGAAAGUGGUAAGGAAAGAAGUGGAGAAAUGGCUUGAUGAUGUAGAAAGGAUGAACACUGAAUAUCAGAAGAUUGAGCAGAAGAUACACUUCGUGUCAUACUUCUGCCGGGGUCGCCUAGGAAAAAUAGUUUGUAAAAAAAUCAAAGAAGUGAAGGAAAUUUACCAACAAGGCAAUUUCCCUGAGGGUGUGGCAAUUGAUAAGCCUCCUGCCAACGGGGUGACAUUUCAAACAACAAGUUUAGAAGGUGAAACUUAUGUGAAAGAACAAAUUUGGAGAUACUUGAUGGGCAAUGAGGUUGGAAUGAUCGCAGUAUGUGGAAUGGGUGGCAUAGGGAAAACUACCAUUAUGAAACAUAUCAACAAUCAACUGUUGAAGGAGACUGACGGGUUCGAUAAAGUGAUUUGGGUCACUGUAUCCAAAGAACCCAAUGUAGUCAAGUUACAAGAAGAUAUUGCACGAGCUUUGAGUCAGUGUCUACCUCAAAAUGAAUUGGAACGAGCAACUGAACUGAUGGAUAUCUUGAAAGCAAAGAGAUAUGUGCUGAUCCUAGAUGAUGUUUGGAAACGGUUUUCCUUAUUGGAUGUGGGAAUCCCUGAGCCAACAUUACAUAAUGGAAGCAAAUUGGUAAUCACUAGCAGAUUGAUUGAUGUUUGUUUAUCUAUGGGUUGUCAGGUGAUCAAAAUGCAACCUCUUUCAGAAGAAGAGUCCUUGAACUUGUUCUUAAAUCAAGUAGGACGUAGUGUCGUAGAAAUUCCUACUUUAAAAGAAAUUGUCGAGCAUAUUGUUCAGCAUUGUGGAGGUUUGCCGCUUGCCAUUGUUACAAUAGCUGGUAGCAUGAAAGGGGUGGAUGAUGUCCGAGAGUGGAGGAAUGCACUAAACCAGUUAUGCGGACGUUUGAACAGUGUGAGAGGAUUGGAGACUGAAAUAUUCGAGUGUUUGAUGUUUAGUUAUGAACGUUUGGGAGAUCCAAAAAUCCAAAAUUGCUUCCUUUAUUGUGCAUUGUAUCCUGAAGAUCAUGCAAUCAAAAGAAGAGAAUUGAUAGAAAAGUGGAUAGAUGAGAAGCUCAUUGAUGAAUGUGAGAGUAGACAGAUAAUGUAUGAUUGGGGCCAUAGUAUUCUAAACAAGCUUGAAAAGCAUUGCCUAUUGGAAAAGUGUCAAACCCGGAGUUUGUUUCCUGAGGAAGGAGUCAAGAUGCAUGAUGUUUUGAGAGACAUGGCAUUGUCUAUAAAAAGCAUUAGCCCUCGAUUCAUGGUGAAAGCUGGAAUGCAAUUGAAGGAGCUACCUGGUGAGAAUGAAUGGACAGAUGAUCUUGAGAAGAUUUCUCUGAUGCAUAAUUCAAUAUCAGAAAUUCCUGAUGGCAUAUCACCAGAAUGUUACUUUUUAUCAACUUUGUUGUUGCAAGAAAAUGGUGAAGUGAAGAGGAUUUCAGAAUCUUUCUUUGAGCACAUGCCCCGGCUAAAAGUUUUAGAUCUUUCAUAUACUGGUAUUUCUGAACUCCCCAAUUGCAUCUCCAAUUUGGGAAACCUUGUUUCACUUGUUCUUAGAGGUUGUGACAAGCUUAGACAAGUGCCUUCAUUGGCAAAGCUUAGAGCAUUGAGAAAGUUGGACCUUUUUAAUACAGCUAUCAAAGAGGUCCCCCAUGGAAUAGAAAUGUUAGUAAACCUGACAUAUCUUGGUUUAUAUUCAGAGAGUCUAAAGGAGCUACCAAAAGGAUUACUGCUUAAGCUUUCUCAUCUCCAAUACUUGUCAACCACAUUGUGUGUAAAAGGAGAGGAAGUAGCCAAAUUGAGGAACCUGGAGACUUUUGCAGGUCUAUUUCUUGACUUCCAAGGCUUUCAGAAUUAUGCCAAGUCUAUACCAGAUCGACAAUGGCCUAUCAAUUACGUGCUUGGAGUGGGAUCAGAUUGGCCCCUUGAAGUCACUUUCAAUUCGGUCAAGUAUUUUGAGAAACCUGAAUUUUAUAAUGAGAUAAAUUGCAUAAAUUGUGAGAUAGGGAAAGAAGAUCAGGUAUCACUUCCAAAUAACCUUCACUCUCUGAAUAUAAAGAAGUGCCACGAUCUCACAAGCUUGAGCAAUAUCUCUUUGUUCCAUCAAGCAAAUGAGUUGAAGAGGUGUUAUAUUAGUGCAUGUGAAGGGAUGGAGUGUGUGCUUGACAUGUCAUUAUCAUCUUACAACUCGCUUCAUAACAUUGAGUUGCUAUUCCUCAAGGAAUUAUGCAACUUGCUUGAACUUGUGAGAGUAGGGGUAGCAGUAUCAUCUGCAUCCCGACCUCGUACGCGGCCAGCCAUCUUCUCUUCCCUCAAAGUAUUUAUUUUGGUAAAAUGUUUGAAGAUGAAGAAGUUGUUUACACUUGAGCUGUUGCAAGGCCUUCAAAACUUGGAGGAAAUUGAAGUUAGAGACUGUAAAGAAAUAGAGGAAAUAAUAGCAGCAGAAGGAAAUGGUGCCAACAUACCAACAACAGUUGUUCUUCCCAAAUUAAGAGAAUUGUGGCUGAUUUGCUUGCCAGAAUUGAAAAGCUUUUGUAGGAUUGAAGUUAUGAUUCAAGCAGAUUCUAUUCAGUACCUUUGGAUAUCAGGAUGUCCCAAACUGAAGAGGAUGAUCCCUUUGUUUCUUCCCUUUCUUGAAAAUAGGCUGCCAUCUCCCCCUCGCACCCUCAAAGAAAUCUCAAUAUGGCCUAGAGAAUGGUGGGAAUCUGUGGAAUGGGACGAUCCUAAUGCUAAGGAUGUCCUUUCUCCCUUUGUUUCCUAUAAGAGCUUUUGAUUGAAAAGCUCCACUCUUUGUUUCUCAUCUGUUUUGUAAAUUUUAGCUGAAUGUACAAUGUGGCUUUAGAUUAAGCAUUUCAUUCAUCCUUAGAUGUAGUCCAGUAUGCUUUACCAAUUACUAACAAUAAUGCCUCCUCCAUGAUUAGGAGGUGUAAACGAGUUGAGUUGAAUCAUACAUUUUCAAGCUUGACCACAGUUUAAAUUAACAACUCGAGACUAGAAGCUUGGCUAAGCUUCAUUUUUUAUGCUCGAGCUUGACUCCCUUCCCUUUCCUAACCAAAUAUUGUGUAAGAGAAAGGAAAACAUAUAUAAAGAUAGCAGCCUGUCCUAUCCUACAUGACAUGAGACCACACAUCCGCACCAGGCAAUCUUAGUUUUCACUUCAAUUUUUAACUGCGUCCCCAUCCGAUUGUCAUCCAUGGAUUUCUGACAAAGAAGAACUCUAUCACCAACUCUAACACCUUUACAGUGAACAAAUUCAACCCAACCAACAGAAAUGGCAGAUGAUUCUCUGCUCUUACUUUGCUCAAUGAA